GAUGACUGCACGGUUUGUCUCAGGGGUGUCUCUCUGUGCUCUGCUGAUUGUGAACAUUUGCUGCUUUCCUUAUAAGAAAGGCUCUAAUUCUGGUGCUUAUGGCAGCGGUUACCCAAACGCUGCUCCUACUUUGGACUCGUACCAGGGAGCUCCUUCUGGCCAGUUUUCAUCUGAAGUGGUUAUGCCUAAAAGAGCUCCUUCUACAGGGCUCCCCACACCAUCUUAUCAGGCUCGACCACAGCCGGGGCCCAGUGUCCCUCAGCCCACUGGUCAAAGACCAGCACCAUCUGCUGUCUCCAGCUCUUCUGGACCGGUGUUCUCAGGAUACGGAGAACCUGUUGUGAGGCGUAACCCUGCCAGUGCCGCACAACCAGAAGCUGCUUUUCAACCUGGCACUCAAGACAUGAACUGGGCUCCUCACAGCCUCUCUGGAGGUGAGGAGAUGUCGUCUGGCUCUCCAGCUGUCUCCAGUUUAUAUGAGGAACUGGAUCCAUUUUUUCCAUCGGGACCAAUGUACCAGGCGGGAGAGUUGUCCCAUUUUGAGAAAAGCUUUGAGCAUGGUGACAACGAGAGGGAGACCGAGGAACAAGGCAGGCUGUCUCCUCCACCAUUUCAUGAGCAAGAGUAUGCUGGCCAAAGCUUUACUAGUCAACCUCAGCAACAUCGGUGA